AUCCGGCCCAGCUCACCCACCCCUUUCUCCUCCUUCUCGUCUUCAACCUUCACGGCAGCUCAUCCGCCGUAAGCCCAGCUGACAUCACCAGCUCCGCCGCAAACUUCACCCUACUUAAAUUGUGAAGGGAAAUGGCAGGCAGUGUGAAAGGUGACGGUACGGAGGAGUUUAAAGGCCUUAGAAUCACAUCACUGGACGAUGACAGCGACGAAGAAGAAGAACAGAAAGAGCCAGAUGUUGCUAUGGAUGACGAUGACGAAGAAGAGGAAGACGAAGAAGCAAGAAAUUCUGUGAUUUUAGGUUUUGUGAAAAAGCCUAAGAAAUCCCGCUCUCUUCUUCGCCAUUUCUUUCCCUCCAAGGCUGGAGGCGUUCCCGCUUGGCUGGAUCCAGAAAACUUGCCGUCCGGAAGAUCUUGCUGCUGCGACAUAUGCGGUGAACCUUUGCAAUUUGUGCUUCAGGUAUAUGCGCCAGAGGAGAAGGAAUCUGCAUUUCACCGAACAUUGUUUGUGUUUAUGUGUACGUCAAUGGCGUGUCUUCGUCGUGAUCAACAUGAACAAUGGAAAUGCCAGCGGGACGAGCCCUCUAGAAGCGUGAAGGUUUUCCGCUGCCAAUUACCUCGCGAUAAUCCUUUCUACUCAAGUGAGCCUCCGAAGAAGGAUAGUACGGAGGAUCCUCUUAUGGCUGGAGCUGCACUAUGUAAUUGGUGUGGUACCUGGAAGGGGAGUAAACGCUGUACUGGUUGCAGAAAAACACUUUAUUGCUCAGAGAAACAUUGGGUCAAGCAUUCUCGGUCUGGUCAUGAACAUGAUUGUCAACGAUUGAGGAUUCAGCUGGCCGACAGUAGCUCUGCUAACAGUGAAACCACUUCUGCUGUAGUUCUAAAAGUUGCAAGUAAUAAUCUAUGGCCAGAGUACAAAAUUAUACAGGAGCCUGAAAGUUCAUAUUACACGGAGAUGCCUGAUGAGAGUGUGGGCACUAAUUCCUUGGUCUCUAGUAACCGAAUGGAUGAUGGGCUAAUGUCGAUAGCAGACAAUUUUACGGGUGAUGGUGAUAGAAAGAGCUGGGCUUCAUUCCACGUGCGCAUAGCCCUGGCCCCUGAACAAAUACUAAGGUAUUGUAGGAGUUCCGGUGCUAAACCCUUAUGGCCUGUGUCAAGUGGCCGGCCAUCCACGGCUGAUAUUCCUAAAUGUAGUUAUUGUAGUGGCCCAAUGUGUUUUGAAUUUCAGAUUAUGCCUCAGUUGCUAUUUUACUUCAACGUGAAGAACGACGUGGACUCUCUUGAUUGGGCUACAAUCGCCGUGUAUACAUGUGAAGCCUCUUGUGAUGCAAGUGUGGUUUACAAAGAAGAAUUCGCUUGGGUUCAACUUUCUUAGCCAUUUGCUCUCUUGCCAAUACUUUGUACCGUCUAGAUAUGAGAUCAAGUCUUGCUAGUAUUAGUCUUAAAUCAAGUGUUCUGUAGUUUUCUUAUUUAUCGGAACGAUAGAUUUUGACUGUCAAAAACUUCCACAGUUUUUGUAUCGGAGUGAUGUGAGAUUUUGAUCAUGUGCUCAACUCUUACCCAGAUUUUCUUUCUGGGCAAUUUUGUUGGUAUAAGUAAUGUUUGAGACAUGAGAACCGAUGUGUUCAUGUCUAACUUAAUCCAUAUGUCUAACUCGAUCCAUAUGAAGAGUUGGCUUAAAGUGCA